ACACCGAGGAGCUGCUGCUGCUGCAUCUUGGAAGGACUCUGUGUUUUUUAAGCGUACUAAAAAAACCGCUAUUUUACGUCCAUCUGUCUUUUUCUCGUCCGCGCGACACAGAAGAUGAACCAACCGUUUUCCGUUGCUCUCCGUCCGGUGACUUUAGGACGUUCAGCCGGCUAACUAGCUGAGAAAAGAGUUACUAAAUCGGAUUAUCUGAUAACGGCAGCCUCCCUCUUUGCUCACAGCGAGGUAUUAUUAGCUGGAAACACAGCAAACGUCGCCUUUUUUGUUUUUUUAAAUACAUUUCUUUAUUUGUGUCUACUGUAAUCAGUGGUUAAUGUUGCUGUGAGCUAAGCUAGGUUAUUAGCUGUUAGAAGCACAGCUUGUUGGGAACAGUAGUUGCUCUGACAGACAGGUGAUGUGUUAGUCAGAUUCUCUUUUUUAUUCACAUAUAUAUUAACCCGUUGAGAAGAAGCAGAAGAUGUCAGGAAAGGAUAAAGACAAAGACAAACAGGAGAAGCAGUCCACCACGGAGCGCCUGGUGAAAGCGGUGCCGUACCCCCCGCAGCAGAAGCUGACGGUCAAAGAGCUUUAUGUGGACGGGAAGCCGAACCCAGAGGUGCUGCGAACUCACCUGGUGAAGGAGGGCCGCGUGGAGGAGGAGGCGGCGCUGAAGAUCAUCAACGACGGAGCCAACAUCCUGCGCCAGGAGAAGUGCAUGCUGGAGGUCGACGCGCCCAUUACAGUAUGCGGGGACGUCCACGGACAGUUCUUUGACCUCAUGAAGCUGUUUGAGGUGGGGGGGUCGCCCAGUAACACACGGUAUCUGUUCCUCGGGGACUACGUGGACCGAGGAUACUUCAGUAUUGAGUGUGUUCUCUACCUCUGGUCUCUGAAGAUCAACCACCCCACCACACUCUUCCUCCUGCGGGGGAACCACGAGUGCCGACACCUCACCGAGUACUUCACCUUCAAACAGGAAUGUAA